AAAGCUGUCAGUUUCUUUUGACGUUUCUUUUUCGUGUCGAUUUUGGCCGCUAAACGCUAAGAUCACAAUGGCAAAACCUAAAGGCGAGAGGAAAGGUAAAUCCGCGAUCAACGAAGUUGUUACGCGUGAAUACACAGUGAACCUUCACAAACGCCUUCAUGGAGUUGGUUUCAAGAAACGGGCUCCACGAGCCAUCAAGGAGAUCAGAAAGUUUGCCGAAGUACAAAUGGGAACCCCUGAUGUUCGAGUAGACACUCGUCUAAACAAAUACCUGUGGUCCAAGGGUGUCAGGAAUGUCCCCUUCCGCGUCAGAGUGAGGCUGUCGCGCAGACGUAACGACGACGAAGACUCAGCCCACAAACUGUUCACACUCGUCACGUACGUCCCCGUCGCCUCCAUCAAGGGCUUGCAGACAGAGAAUGUUGACGCUAGCCAAGAAUAAACACUAAGUUUAGCAUA